UUUUUCAUUGUCAGUGUGCUAUAGGAGACGGACGGGGAAGGUGUUGACAGUUUGACUUCCCGUGUUUACUGAGAGAAGUCUAGUGAAGGAAACUUUGUGCUGUUUGAUUACAAGGACUUGGACGACACUUGAAGGAGGGAAGGAAGAGUGUGGAGUGGUGGUCAUCGCGGCUCCAUUUGCUCCAAUUGACGACGUUUCGGAAAGGUGCUGAGAGGAGACAUCGCCCGCGAGGAUCCAUGGGCGGCGUGCGGGCGUGCGUGGGGCUGGCGGCGGUGUUGCUGGCAUGUGCGUGCGUGGGCGUGCGGGGUCACGGCAGACUGAUCGAGCCUCCCGGGAGAUCAACGGCCUGGAGGUAUGGCUUCAACACACCGCACAACUACAACGACCAUGAAAUCUACUGCGGGGGAUAUGCGACCCAGUGGCAGAAGAACGGCGGCAAGUGUGGCCCUUGCGGCGACCCCUGGCACCUCCCCCAGCCGCGGGAUAACGAGGGCGGCGGGAAGUAUGGCCGCGGUGUCAUUGUGAAGAAGUACAAGCACAGCAGUCCGGUGGUGCUGGGCGUCGAGCUCACCGCUAACCACAAAGGCUUCUUCGAGUUCCACGUGUGCCCCCACAACAACCCGCUGCGACCCGUGUCCGAGCAGUGCCUCCAGCAACACAUCCUGAAGAAGGCCGACGGCAGCGGGACCAGGUACUUCCCCGGGCCGGGCUCCAAAAAGUUCUACGCCAAGUACCGGCUGCCUGCGGGCCUGACGUGCAAGCAGUGCGUCUUGCGAUGGCGGUACGUGGCCGGCAACAAUUGGGGCCACUGUGAGAACGGCACCAGCGGCGUGGGCUGCGGCCCUCAGGAGGAGUUCCGCUCAUGUGCCGACAUCACCAUCACGGAGGAGGACGGCUCGGCGGACGACACCCCGAGCUUCGUGCCGGACUACGACGAGGAAGACUACAACGAGGUGGACGUUGACGGGCGUGAGGGCAAGCCCACGGUGGUGCCCGACUACGAGGCGAACCAUGUGGGGCACGUGGUGGCUCUCACGCUGGCAUUCCUGCUCAUCAUCGUGGUGCUGCUCGGCCUCAUCGUCUAUUUCUACUGGGCCAAGGACGCCUUCAAGGGGCUGGUCAAGCGCCAGACCGGCCAGUGGGCCAAGGCUGCGGCUGCCCCGCUGCCCUCCAAGGAUCCCAGCUCUGUGCUCACCAUCUCGGGGCCCCUGGAAGCGCCGCCUCCCGUACCGCCCCGCCGCCACCGUUCAGCCUCCGGGGGCGAGCAAGGCCUCGGCUCGCGGGACAUCACCUCCAUCAGCGCGCCUACACGGGUGACCAUCAACGGCGUGGCGGUCAACACGGGCAGCGGCGAUGUGUCCCACGCGCCCCUGCACGUGCCCGACGACUAGAGAGGCGCCGGGACGGGGGCGUGACGGGGAUGUGCUGACGGCCGCACACACAAAGGCCUUGCCUUGUAUAACAGAGCCAGGAUGUAAUUAUAUAUUUUUAAUAUGGUUGUUAUGGGUACUAGGCAGAUAGCUAUUUUAUUGACCAUAGUUUAUCUUCAAAGUUUGAAUGAGUCCAUUCCAGCGUAGGCAACCCAGCACUCCCUUUAUAUUUUUCAUCAAAGAACCUCGAAUCUUGAGGAUUCAAGUCCAUGAAUCGCUGCUCAAUGGUAGUGUCAGUACCACAGGUCAGGACUGUCUGCAGUGCUGGGCAGACCAUGUCAGCGGCGCAUGUGUAGUGAUCAUUAAAGUUUCCGGUAUGGCACCAAAUAAUUUCCAAUCGGUGAUGAGAAGUAAAGAAAAUCAUGAACGUGAACAAAGACUGCAGAUAGAAGAAUUUGGCCACCAGUUCAGUUAGCAAGCGGUGGACCUCACUGUUAUGUUCCAAUGUUCCUUUGACCCUGAUUCCUAUGUCACCAGUGCCUUGCGCUGUGCCUGCCGGGACGGUGCAGCGUGUGGCGGCGAGGGGGCUGUGUUGUGUAUAUGAGAGGAAGGUAAAAAGUGUGUUUAUACUCUAUGGAGCGUUGAUGGAGCUGCGAGUGAGUGCCUGACGAGAGGAGCCGAGUCUGGGUGUUCCUGUAAAGUGAUAGUGUGAAAAUGAGGGUCGUUUCUAUUAGCGAAAAAUAGAAAAGUACACUUAUUUAUACUCACCUAAGAUUUGUAUAGCAAUAAACUUUGCCCCUGUUUUAAACUGAGACAGGGGAGUUCCUGUGGAAGUUAUAAGUUAACCCCUGGAUCAAUGGUUGGUGAUCUUAUUUAUGCUCUGAUGAUAUAUAAAACAAGGAGCUGUGUCUUCCUUGAUGUAUGACUGCGUAUGUAGGCACUAACUUAAAUAAACUAUCAAAAGCCA